AUGGCUGAGGAGGAUCUCCGGGGUUUGAGCACCCCUUUCUCACUCUCCUUUUCAGGCAGUGGCUUUCUCGCCCUGUACCAGGUUGGAGUGGUUCAGUCCCUCCUGGAGCUGGCUCCAGAACUCCUCAAAUCCGCUUGCAAGGUCUAUGGAUCAUCUGCAGGCUCGCUCAUCGCUGCGGCCGUGGUGUGCGGCAUCGGCCUUGAUGACCUAAAGGAAUUUUUCUUUGCCAUGGCAAAGGAGGCCAGGGAAACCAUCCUGGGCCCCCUGUCCCCUAAGUGCAGCUUGCUGGCAAAUAUCAAGGCUGUUCUGCAGAGGAUGCUACCAGAGAACUCCUACCAACUGGCUUCGGGGCGGCUGCACAUCUCCCUCACACGGGUGGUGGAUGGCCAAAACGUCAUGGCCUCAGAGUUCAGCUCGAAAGAGGAGCUCAUUCAGGCUCUCCUCUGCAGCUGCUUUCUUCCCAUCUACUGUGGCUUCAUCCCUCCAUCCUACCGAGGUGUGCGGUACGUGGAUGGAGGAUUCACUGGUCUGCAGCCUGUUUCCAGCUUGGAGGAACCUGUGAUCACCGUGUCCCCAUUCACAGGAGAGCUCGAUAUCUGCCCAAGGGAUUGUCCUGCCAUCUUCUUCUGCUUCCAGAUCUUCAACGGCAGCAUUCAGAUCUCGAUAGAAAACCUCUGCAGGAUUAGCUAUGCUCUCUUUCCACCCAGCACCAUGGUCUUGAAUGACAUCUUCUCCCAAGGGUACCAGGACACUGCCCUUUUCCUGUACAGGAACAAUGCCUUUGGCUUUAACUACUGCAAUGGGAAUUUCCACUUUGCCAGCACAUGCGGGAAGAACGACUUUGCCCCAUGCAAAAGGACGUGCACUGGCCUAAGCACAAUGGAAGCACAGUGCCCACCUCCUUGCUUCCUGCCAGGUAGAAGAUUUGGGGUGCUCAUCCCGGGUUUUGGGGCCACUGAGGGCUGCUGCAGUCUUUGA